GGUCAUUUUGUUAGAGCUUUGGGUAAAAUUGGAGAUCAAAAAACAGAAAAUGAAGUUGUUUUAUUAGAACAUGAUGUCCCUCACCAUCAAUUUUCCGAAGAAGUUCUAAAUUGUCUCCCAAAAAUUCCUUGGGUUAUAACGGAAGAGGAUGUUAAUAAACGCGUUGAUUUACGUCACAUAAAUAUUUGUUCAGUUGAUCCACCAGGAUGUACAGAUAUUGACGACGCUUUGCAUUGCCGACAAUUAGAAAACGGUCAUUUCGAAGUUGGUGUUCAUAUCGCUGACGUAUCUCAUUUUAUUCGACCGGGAACUGCUUUGGAUAAAGAAGCAGCUUCUCGCGCGACGACUGUUUAUCUUGUAAAUAACAGAAUCGACAUGGUUCCUGAUUUAUUAAGUUCAAAUUUAUGCUCGUUAAGAGGUGGGGAGGAACGUUUCGCGUUUUCUUGCGUUUGGGAAUUAGACAAAAAAGCCAACAUUAUUAAUACUCGUUUUCAUAAAAGUAUAAUUAAAUCAAAAAAAGCAAUGACGUAUGAAGAAGCCCAAAUUACAAUUGAUGAUGGUUCCCAAACCGAUGAAUUGGCCCAAUCUUUAAGAAAUUUAAAUAAAUUAGCGAAGUUUUUAAAAAAGAAACGAUUAGAAAAGGGAGCUUUAGUGUUGGCAUCUCCUGAAAUAAAGAUAAUGAUGGAUACAGAAACUCACGAUCCAAUCGAUGUAGAAGUUAAAAAAUUAUUUGAAACUAACUCAAUGGUUGAAGAAUUUAUGUUAUUAGCUAAUAUUAGUGUAGCUGAAAAAAUUCUUGAAGAUUUUCCAGAUUGCGCAAUGUUAAGAAGACAUCCAGAACCACCACCAAUUAAUUUUGAUCCUGUCAUAAAAGCUGGAAAACAUUUAGGUUUUGAAAUUCAUAUUGAUUCUGGAAAACAUUUAGCAGAUUCUUUAGAUGCAGCUGUAAAAACUGAUAAUCCAUACUUAAAUACAAUGUUAAGAAUACUUACAACAAGAUGUAUGAUGCAAGCUGUUUAUUUUGCAAGUGGAAUGUUCACAAAAGCCGAAUUUUUUCAUUACGGUUUAGCUGUUCCGCUUUAUACACAUUUUACUUCACCAAUUCGAAGAUAUGCCGAUAUAAUAGUCCAUCGACUUCUUGCAGUUUCAGUGGGUUCUGACUCAACAUAUCCUGAUUUAUUAGAUAAAAGAAAAACUAGCGACUUGUGUCAAAAUUUAAAUUACAGGAAUCGAAUGGCUCAAUAUGCUGGACGAGCUUCCAUAGCUUUUAACACCCACUUAUUUUUUCGUGGAAAAAUUGAAGAUGAAGAAGGUUACGUUUUGUACGUUCGUAAAAACGCUUUACAAAUUUUAAUUCCAAAAUUCGGCUUGGAAUCGACGCUUUAUCUGGGGAAAAAGGGUGAAGAGAAAUUAAGCAUUUUCGAAUACAACGAGGAAGAUCAUACCCAAAAAUGUGGCGAUAUUGUUUUUCACGCUUUCGAUCCGGUUACCGUUCGAAUAAGUUUGGAUUCGAAUAAUAUUCAGCACGAAAAAUUCGUUCUUCAGUUGGUUAAACCAUUUAUUGAAGGGUUCAGUGUGGCACCUUUAAAACCAGGAGAUGAUCAAGAAGAUUUAAGGGCUAGUCCACCUAAAAGGCGGAAGAAAAUGAAAAAAAAUCGAUAAAUAUGAUUUAAUAUUUUAAAAUUGUGUGUUUUUUUUAA